CAUGUGCACACUUUUGCAGAUUCGCGGUCGUCCCUGGGGCUUUGAAAGAGCUAAUUCGAUUCGGCAUCUUAAUGAUUGCAAUUAGACGACUGGAGCGAUGUUUCAGGUCGACCUUGGCGGCGGAUCGAUUCGCUUUGGAGGAUUGAAUUGCAAUUUGAUGCCCGAAGCUUUUGUUCGAGGGCCUGGAGCGUUGCGCCGACAUGCAGGUGCGGUCUUCCUCUUUGGACUCCGACGUCGUACCGGGCCUUUUGUGCAAUCGCGGAGUCACGACCCUUCGAGUGGGAUUUACGAGGCUGUGCAAGUGCACCUGGCAUCGGGGUCUUACAAACGCACCAUCCUCGUGCAGAAAGGUUUCUAGAAACCCUUCAUUGAAGAUUUUCAUGGCUCUAUGCUCAUGAGACGACGUGAUACUGAACGUGUGGCAUGCAUCGAAGACAGAUCAGAGUUCGAUUGCAUGGAUGGGCAUGGCUACAGACCUCAUGCAUACGAUCAUCUUCCGAUUUUGACACUGUGCCGAUCUUAAUACCGAAGGGUGCCAGACUAUCUGGAAUUGGGAUUGACCUAACGGAUGAUUUUUUGUUUUGAAACUUUGUACCGGAAGGAAGUGUCUUUGGCAUAACUCCCUGAUUUUACACCAACAGCAGACUAGCAAGCCCUAAUUUAAGGGGUUCUCAUAACAUGCUCCAAACUCCAUGUCUAGACUCUUCUCUUUCGGAUGCUUGCGCUGUACAAUAUUUCCGUGCUUUAGGUUCGUGCGCUGUAGAUGUUUGCGUAUCCAAACUCUUGAAUUAGAUAGGAAUGCCUUCUUGUUGUUUAUUGUGAGUACAAUUUUGAUAUACCCAUCAAUUGCAGCUGGAGACGGUUCUUGUGAACGAUUUUUCCUCUGAUCAAGAAGUGCGGAGAAGCAGACACGUUGCUGCCAAGGCACAAGGUGUGCUAUUUCUGAGUUGUUUAGGAAGACCCUGCAAGUCGAGCUUCGUGAUUGUCACAAAACGGCAAAAACUCCUCGAGCGGUCCACAUGGAGGAACACCACAAUGAAUCACCGUAGGUCGAUUGUCGUUCCCGAAGUUAAUGACGACCAUCACGAAGAUUUCUAUCCGCAAUGCCUUCUGGAUGUCCUGGGCUUUAUCGUUCUCGUUGGUUUUCUUCUGGCAAGUGAAUUACAGGAACCGCCAUGGCCUACCUCCACCUCCACCAAUCCCCAACCUUCGCCCUCAUGUCUUUAAUCUGACAGACUUUGGAGCUGUAGGUGAUGGUUACAGUGUCAACACCCGAUGCUUUGAAGACGCCAUCGCGGCAAUCAAGGAGAGGGCCAGUGAUGGGGGAGCACAGCUUAUUGUUGGCCCUGGACGCUGGCUAACAGCUCCAUUUAACGUUACCAGCCACAUGACCCUCUUUCUGUCUCGGGGUGCCACUAUAGUCGCCAUCCAGGACGCAGGGUUGUGGCCGAUUCUUCCCGCACUGCCCUCCUACGGCCGGGGCCGUGAGCUGCCAGGUCUUCGCUACAGCAGUCUCAUCCACGGACAACACGUGGAAGAUUUUGUUCUAACUGGUCACAAUGGAAGCAUAGAUGGACAGGGUGGUUGGUGGUGGGAGCAACACAAACAGAAAAGACUGCGCUACACAAGGGGAAGGCUUGUAGAGCUCAUGUGGUCCACCAACAUUGUAAUCUCGGACGUGACUCUUCAAAAUUCGCCAUUCUGGCAUUUGCACCCUUACGACUGCACCAAUGUCACCAUCAGCGGCGUGACUAUUCUGGCUCCUCUCGAUGCUCCCAACACCGACGGGAUUGACCCUGAUUCUUGCAAAAACGUGCUGGUGGAAAACUGCUACAUCAGUGUGGGAGAUGACGCUGUUGCAGUCAAAAGUGGAUGGGACAAGUAUGGGAUUGAGUACAAUCGACCUUGUGUCAACGUCACUAUUCGAAAUGUUAUUGCUCGUUCGCAGAUCAGUGCAGGGAUUUCUAUAGGAAGUGAGAUGUCAGGAGGAGUUGAGCAAGUACUAGUUGAAGACGUCUAUAUUUGGGGUUCAAGACGAGGCAUUCGCAUCAAAACAUCCCCAGGGCGCGGGGGGUACGUGAAAAACAUAUUGUACAAGAACUUGACGCUGAUUGAUGUUAGGGUGGGGAUUGUGGUCAAGACCGACUACGGUGAGCAUCCAGACUUAGAUUUUGACCCUAAAGCUCUCCCUGUUGUUGCCAACAUUUCUUUUGAUGGCGUCUACGGAAGCUCAGUGCGUUACCCCGUGCGAAUGUUCGGCAGCAAGGAAGUGCCUAUCACAGGGAUCGACAUACGCAAUAUGAAUGUGGGACUGACAAGGAAGAAGAGGAACGUAUUCACAUGCGACUUUCUUCAGGGGAGAGUAGUGGGUAAGGUGUUUCCAAGCCCUUGCAAAGCCUUGAUUCGGGAAGAGGCGUCGCAGACUGCAACUGGUAUUUCCACUACAUUCGAGUAGAACCUUAACAGAGAUCAUUGCCGAGGAAACUAUUUGGGCUAUACGCAGAGUUUUGGCCACGGGCAGCAAUUGCAAUAUUAUCAAUCCGAUGAAUCUUUACAUGAAAUUUGGUGCAAGUUUUUGACAACCAUUUGUGUACUCUCAUAGCGUCACUUAGCAGUUGUCUUCUCUUGGAGAUUGUUUGGGUAUUCUCAGAGCAUUAUAUGUUUUACAAUAUGAACCUCGAUUGUCAGCCGGUGAGGAAGGGUGAUAAAGUGUUCAAAUUGCAGCUUAAUGGACAGGAUAUGAAUUCCACUGCA